AUGUCUCAGCGGGACCUGAAGGAGGCGUUUGUCAGUAAUCUGACCGGGACGAGUCUGCAGGAGGUGGCGCUGGGCUCGUUCCUCACCCCGGUGUGUCUCAUCAACAGAGGACUGAUUUUAACCCUUUACCAGCAGGCCGGGGGGACUCUCCCGCUGCCCCUCGUCUCCAGUCUGCUCCUGGACUUCUGUGUGCUCGUCCUCCCCCUCGUCCUGUCCUGCACCGUCCUCAGCGACGUCCUCCAUCAUGUCAUCUUGAGCUUGGCGUUCGUUUCGGCGUGUGCGCUCUGCUACAUCGGCCGCGUCAGUAGCCGUCCGAAGAACGCCGGCUUCCUCCAGAGUCACGUUCAGUGCGACCAGGUCCCCUUCGUGACCGUGUUUCGAGUGUUUGUAAACGUGAAAACGGCCAUCAGCAUCCUCGCCGUGGACUUUAGCGUCUUUCCGAGGCGGUACGCUAAAACCGAAACCUACGGGACGGGGGUUAUGGACUUUGGCGUCGGAGCGUACGUGUUUGCGAACGCGCUCGUGUGCCCGGAGGCGCGAGGGAAGAACGUGUCGGGAUCCAAGGUUAACCACAUCAAGAAGCAGCUCCUGUCCGUGUGGCCGCUGGUUUUUCUCGGCGUGGGAAGGUUGGUUAGUCUCAAAAUGUCCGGCUACCAAGAGCACGUGACGGAAUACGGCGUCCACUGGAAUUUUUUCUUCACGCUCGCCAUCGUGAGAGUCGUCGCUUCUGCGAUUUUGGCUGUUUUACCAGCAAAUAAGUCGUGGCUCAUCGCUCUUCUCAUCAGCGGCGUUUACCAGUUGACGCUGGAGACUUCGGGGCUGAAGGCGUUUAUCAUCCACAACGACAACAGAGGAAAAGACUUGCUGCACGCCAACAAGGAGGGCAUAUUCUCCGUCGUUGGCUACGUCGCCGUCUACAUGGCGGGAGUUCAGGUGGGACUGUAUAUCAUGCAGCCAAGAUCAAACGUCAGACAGUGGCUUAAAACACUUUUAAACCUCUUUUUGGGGAGUUUCGUCCUGUACGCCGCUCUGAACGCGUGUCAGACGCUUCUAGAGCCGGUUUCUCGACGCUUAGCGAACCUGCCGUUCUGCCUCUGGAGCGUCGCUCAGUCUUUGUUCUUCAUGUCGUGUCUCGGUAUCGCCGAUAUGAUUUUACUGUUUUCUAAACAAUCAUCCGGCUGUCACUUUGUUCCCUCAUCGUGGAAUUUGUCCAAAAAACAGUCGGACAAAAAGACGAGUGAGGUCGAGAGACGCUGCCUCGUUCAGGCCGUCAGCAGGAACCAGCUGUUGUUCUUUUUGCUCGCCAACGUCAUGACGGGACUGACCAACUCGCUGGUGGACACGCUGAGCUGCAGCAGCCAGUUUUCAGUCUGUGUUUUGCUGUCGUACAUGUUCGCAAAUUGCUUCGUCAUAUAUGUUUUGCAUCUUUGUGGAAUUACAGUGAAAUUCUGGUGAAAAUGCAUAAAAAUACAAGAUUUUUGUUCUGUAUUUUGAAGGUUUUUUGAAGAGCUGCAGUGACAGAAGAUUAAAUCUGUGAUGCUGAAGAUGAUAUUGUACAUAACGUGUUUAUGGAAAUAAAUGCAUGUCUUAAUAAAAUGGGAUCUCCA